AUGCACGUCGUACACAAUCCAUCAGAAUAUUUUGAUUCCACGAGGUUGGCGACACCAAAAUCGCACGUAAUUUUCACGGCACAUUUUACCAACGCUACUGACAGUAAACAAGUGUAUGCUUUGAAAACUGAGCGUCGUACCAACUCGACAUGUAGCGUGUCUUUAAUGAAGUCGUAUACAAUUGGUGUCAACGUUGAUAUAAAAUUAACCCCACCAAACCCUAUUAUUGAGGCCAAUGCUGGAUUCCACGGGGAAAUGUCCAUGGAAAAGGGAGCAGAGGAAACAUUUGAGGAGGAGCUGACAUGGACAGUUGAUAAUCAGAUUACUGUACCCCCGGGAUUUGUGACCCAGGCUGACCUCGUUAUCAAGGAAGACAACUUUACAGCUGCUUUCAAAACGGAAUCUAGAUUUGACGGGAAAAUUCACGUGAAUAUAAGAAGUAAGAAAGAUAACUCUGUCAUUAACCAUCUGACUGCCACAGUUAGGGAAGUUUUCACUCAGGAUAAAGGAUUCAGUAAAGUUGAUAAAACUGGAUCUACUCUCACCACAGUUGGGAAAUGUAAAUGUAGAUUUGGAGUGGAGCAACAUGUAAAACUUACACAGAGAAAGUUACAGCCUGAAGCCGAAACAUAA